GCAAGAAUAAUCAUCAGUUAAUACCCAUCAAUCAAGUCUUGUCCUUUUCCUCCUCCUCUCUCUCAUACAAAGCUUUAUUCUGCUGAGGCUUGAGCUUUUAAAUCUCAAUCUUGAUUGAGAUUUUGCAUGUUUCUUGAUCUUUUAAUCUCAGAUGAAGAAUCUUGGGUUGUUCAAAAUUCUUCUUCUUUUCUUCUGUCUCUUUCUCUCGACCCACAUAGUUUCUGUUUCUUCUCUAAACUCAGAUGGGUUAACUCUACUCUCGCUUCUGAAGCAUUUGGAUAAAGUACCACCUCAAGUAACUUCGACAUGGAAGAUAAACGCAUCUGAAGCAACUCCAUGUAACUGGUUUGGUAUCACUUGUGAUGCUUCUAAGAAUGUUGCGGCUCUCAACUUCACUCGUUCUAAGGUUUCAGGUCAAUUGGGUCCUGAAAUUGGGGAGCUCAAAAGCUUGCAGAUUUUGGAUCUGAGUACUAACAAUUUCUCUGGGACUAUACCUUCCAGUUUAGGAAACUGUACCAAGCUCGUUACUCUAGAUUUGUCUGAAAACGGAUUCUCUGGUAAGAUCCCAGAUACUCUCGAUAGCUUGAAGAGCUUGGAGGAGCUUUAUCUUUACACAAACUUCCUCACUGGUGAGUUACCUGAAUCCUUGUUUCGAAUUCCGAGGUUGCAGAUUUUACAUCUUGAGUUUAACAAUUUAACCGGUCCGAUUCCGCAAAGUGUUGGUGAUGCUAAGGAGCUUCUUGAGCUGAGUAUGUAUGAGAAUCAGUUUUCUGGUAACAUCCCUGAGUCGAUUGGGAACUGCAGUAGUCUGCAGCUUGUGUAUUUGCACAGGAACAAAUUUGUCCUACAACAAUUCGAAGGCGGUGUUCCAGCUGCAUUGGGAAAUUGCAGUAACCUUGACGCUCUAGUGAUUGUGGAUGGUAACUUGUCAGGUACAAUUCCUUCCUCAUUGGGUGAGAUACCGAGUACAUUGGGUAAGCUUAAGAAACUAGAAAGUUUGGAGCUUUUCGAAAACCGGUUUUCGGGUGAGAUUCCUAUGGAAAUAUGGAAGAGUCAGAGUCUUACGCAGUUGCUAGUUUAUCAAAACAAUCUCACAGGAGAACUACCUGUGGAAAUGACCAAUGAAGCGUCUAAAGAUCGCUACGCUGUUCAACAACAGUUUUUAUGGAGAGAGAUACCGCCGAAUCUUUGCCAUGGAAGGAAGUUGAGAAUACUCAAUUUGGGUUCUAAUCUGCUUCACGGUACCAUACCAACUUCUAUUGGUCACUGUAAGACCAUCAGGAGAUUCAUCCUUAGAGAAAAUAACCUUUCAGGUCUUCUACCUGAGUUUUCUCGGGAUCAUAGCCUUUUCUUUCUUGAUUUCAAUAGCAACAACUUUGAAGGACCAAUCCCCCGCAGCCUCGGAAGCUGUAGGAAUCUCUCGAGCAUCAACCUGUCUCGAAACAAACUCACGGGACAGAUACCUGCACAACUUGGGAAUCUACAAAACCUUGGCUAUUUGAAUCUUUCUCGUAAUCUUCUUGAAGGCUCUCUACCAGCUCAACUAUCUAACUGCUUGGCGACUUUGGUUCUUAGCGAUAACCGGUUUUCAGGAGGUAUUCCGCAGUUCUUUCCUGAGCUUAAAAAGCUGUCAACUCUGCAGAUUGCUAGAAAUGCUUUUGGUGGUGAGAUUCCUUCGUCGCUUGGGUUGAUAGAGGAUCUGACCUAUGAUUUGGACCUUAGCGGUAAUGGAUUGACAGGUGAAAUUCCAGCCAAGUUGGGUGAUCUUGACAAGUUAACACGACUCAACAUAUCCAACAACAAUCUGACCGGACCUUUAUCGGUUCUUAAAGGUCUUACCUCAUUGCUACAUGUUGAUGUCUCGAACAAUCAGUUCACUGGUCCAAUACCAGAAAACUUGGAGGGAAGACCAGAAAAAGAUGCUUAUGUCUUCACCCAGGAGGAAGGCCCAUCUUUGUUGCUGAACAAAGUUCUUGCAGCAACUGACAAUCUAAACGAAAAGUAUAUCAUUGGAAGAGGAGCUCAUGGAAUCGUGUACAGAGCGUCUUUGGGCUCGGGAAAGGUUUACGCUGUGAAGAGACUUGUCUUCGCAUCUCACAUCCGCGCUAACCAGAGUAUGAUGAGAGAGAUCGAUACAAUCGGUAAAGUCAGGCACAGGAAUCUGAUCAAGUUAGAAGGGUUUUGGCUUAGGAAAGACGACGGUUUAAUGCUGUAUAGAUAUAUGCCGAAAGGAAGCCUAUUCGAUGUUCUCCAUGGUGUUAGCCCAAAAGAAAAUAUACUAGACUGGUCUGCACGGUACAACGUAGCGCUCGGUGUCGCUCACGGACUGGCCUAUCUACACUAUGACUGUCAUCCCCCGAUUGUUCACCGUGACAUCAAACCAGAGAACAUACUCAUGGACUCGGAUUUGGAGCCUCACAUGGGGAUUUCGGUUUGGCUCGCCUUCUCGAUGACUCAACUGUUUCAACUGCAACUGUUACAGGCACAAUGGGUACAUCGCACCAGUUAUGGAGUCGUGUUACUCGAGCUGGUAACUAGGAAGAGAGCGGUGGGACAAAUCCUUCCCGGACAGUACAGAUCUAGUAAGCUGGGUGAGAUCUGUAUUGAGCAGCAGCAAAAACAAUGUGGAGGACAUGGUAACAACAAUCAUCGAUCCACUUCUCGUGGACGAGCUUCUGGAUUCGAAUCUUUAGGGAACAGGCGGCUCACAGCUCAAUUCGCCGGAAUGGAAAGUCGCAGCUUGGGUUCCUCUCUCGAACAGUUGUCUCGUGGUGUGGUUCUGGCUGUUCAAGGAGGGAGAGGAUAUGAAUCUCCAUGGGAUGAAAAACCCUAUGAAACUCUUCCUACUGGUAAAAGGGUUUACGUUGAUGAAUCUGAUGUUGUGACGUUUCUUGAUCCACCCAAGGAGUUGAUUCCAUUGGACCCUGCUUCAUAUAACCCGGCUGCUUAUCUCUGGAAAAAGAUUGAAGACAUCCCCGAAGAGAGGCGCUACCAUUUGCUGCAAUUAUUAGAGCCGAGGCUUAUAUCUAGAGCAUGGGAAAUAGCAAGCACUCGGUAUGAAGAUCCAAAGUUAGCUAAAAUGACUGCAUCCAAAUUAUUCUCUACUGGAGAUGCGGAAAUUUCACUAGAAUACUUUAGCUGCCGAACAAGUCAGGGUCCACUGAUCGUAUCUUGGAUAAAUUUCUUCAAGAUGGCUUUGUUUCGCUCCAACAACGGCCAAAUCUAUGGGCGAGUUUGUGGUGGACCGGUAGUUUCAACCCUUGCCAAUGCUUUAAGUCCGCUAUACUUUGAGGUCACAGAAGCUAUGGAAGUUAUGGCCACAGAAGAACCCUGCGAUGUUGCAUGCAAAUUUGGUGAUGGGCUUCUUGCUAUUGAAGAUUGCCCACAAGGCUUCCCUCGACCAGCAAAGCAUCCGUAUCCAUUCAACGACAGUGUGGUCAUAUACAUACGCCACAUCGGUCCAGGUGUAUGCGUGGGACAGGCAUGGCAAGAAGGUAAAGAACUGCAACAAGUUCCUCAAAGAUUAUGCUCCGACAUUUUAAUGGUCAAACAAUACAGAUGAAUUAAGGAGGGGCCUUUGUUAACGUAGAUUGCAAGCUUUUCACACUAGCUUGAAGAGCUUUUUGUUAACUUGAAUUAGAAAGUGAAACAGAUUGCUUGAAGAGCUUUUUGUUAACGUAGAUUCUGAUUUCUUUAUGACAGAAAAUUCAAUUAAUGGUGAUACAAAUUAAAAGGGAUUGAGAUUA